GGGGCAUUUUGGAGUUUAAUUAUGAAUUUUGGUAGGAGAAUGAUCAUGUGGGUCUAGAUUGGUGAUAUAGCCCCCGUGAAUUGUCCUGUUGAUUGCUCAAUAGGGUACAAUAAAAUUACUGGACCUGAUUAGCUCGUAGGGCCAACCUUCCUGCGAUCUACAUGGUUCAACAGUGGGUAGUGGUUGGAUCAGGAAUUGUUUCUACUGAACAAAUCCUGGACUUGGAAAUUGGAUGGUUGGGUUUGGUUGAUGGGGGAGAUUUUUCCAGCGUCGCCAAUCCAUGGUGGAGCUUGCUAGAUGAACGGUUUGGAUCGUUGAAAGAUGGUCCCUCUUGUAUGGAAUGCUGGCGCGGAUGAAGAUGUAUGGUAGUUUGGAGCAUUUUUCUCUCUUUGAGAAGAAAAUUUUCCAUCAAGUGCCUGCUUCGGCCGGGGUUUUCAAAAGCCAUCAAGGAAUUGGUGAACAAAAUUAGAGGUCGGAGUGCAAUCUUUAAUUUUGCAGAAUCUAAUGAUUUGCAUUCUGGAGUGGACAAAGCCUCUCCCGAGAAGAGCAAGAAAAGAAGGCUGAAGACCCCAUCACAGGUUGAAGCAUUAGAGAAAUUCUAUAAUGAGCACAAGUACCCCUCGGAAUCAAUGAGAGCGCAGGUUGCAUUGGAGAUAGGAUUAUCAGAGAAGCAGAUUUCAGGGUGGUUUUGCCAUAGACGGUUGAAGGACAAAAAGCUAUUGAAAGAGGAAUCUUAUGUGAAUGGAAAACAAGAUAUUUCAAAUGGGGUCAUGCCGGAUCAUGGCAGUGGACUAAGGCAGGAUUCAUGUGGGAGCACCAAACCAGGGGAGUAUAGGCAUCUCGAUACUAGAGAGGUAGAAAGCCGGAGGUUUUAUACCCAGGAUUAUCCGGCGGCAGUGCUUGCUCAUGAAAGUAGGAGUCAACAUAUAAAUGGUGGAGAUUAUGAUGCCGCAGAUGACACUUCUUCAGGAAGUAGUGCAGCUUCACAAGGUAGACUGUUACCUCUGAGAUAUUCAUCUCGUGAUAACAGCUCUACAUUGAUGAAUGCUGAGGGCGUAAAAGGCAGGGGAUACAUGAUGGCAUCAAGGUAUUUAUAUUUGCAAGAUGAGAUUGAAAAUCCUGCUAUCUCUGCUGUUAAAAGGCAACUCGGGAGGCAUUAUCGUGAAGAUGGCCCACCAGUUGGUGUGGAAUUCCAGCCACUUCCACCUGGCGCAUUUGAUUCACCAAUUGGGGAUUCAGUUCAUGAGCCAUACUAUGUUGGAGAUCCUAUCUUGCAAAGUUCUCGCAGCACAAGAGUUAGUAAGGAAACAAAUGUGGGUGCUGCACAUGACAGAUACAAAUACGAGACACAUCCUCGUGGCCCAUAUGAAGGGGCUGGUUCGAGGAGAACUGCUGGGUGUAUGGAUCUUCAGGACAAGUUCGCUAGCUACCCAUUGGCUCGAAGAUCUUCUAUCAGCAGUUAUGGUGAUCAUGCUCCUGAUCGGAACUCUGCGAUGGAGAUGGAUGAUGAUUCUGUCAAGGAAGCUUCCGAGUUCAGCACCAAGAACUAUGGGACAUUGCUCAAGUACAAGGUAGAAGGGAGAUCUGUUUCCAGCAAAGAUCGCCGUCUUCAUCUUUAUGAAGGAAAUGUUAUUGCGAAAGAAUCAACUUAUCCUCGAGUACAGAAUGAUGAUACAGGCAGCGCGUUUCAUAGAAAUGAAUACUUUGAGGCUGAAGCUACUGAUUCGGUACUCCGGCACUAUGCCUCUCUUGAUGCUGAGGACAGACUACAAUCUAAAAAGAUGACAAAGGUGAAAAAGCUUUUUAAAGAGAGGAAAACAAAUAAAGAUGAUGAAAAUCCAGUUCGUUUAAAGACGCUUGUGAAAAGUGAAACAAAGAUGGGGAAGAAGAUUAAGGGCAACAAAUUACAGGGACAGAAUUAUGCAUCAACAUUGGCUUCUGCUCAGGAAUUGCCGUGGACAAAACCUGUUAAAAGUUAUCAACGAUAUUAUCGACAAUAUGAAUAUUGUUUCCGUAUCCUUGGCUAGCAAAACUUGUGUCGAAGCCAGUACUUGGAACAUUAGUAAUGGCCCACCCCAAUAUGUAGUACAGGGGUGAGCCAGUCCAUUUCAAAUUUAAGCCAAUUUUGGAGAUCAAAACACAACAUUUGAGUGAUAUUAGAUGAAUAGAAGUGGAAUGAAUCGUUAUGGGAACAAUUAGGAGGGGAAACUAUUCACUUCUUCUUUUUUUUUGUUUUCUUUUUGUUGUAUUUGAAUAUAAUGAGCGCUUAUAUUUAUCAAAUAAUGAUUGAUUUGUGUUU